AUGGCUCAUUCGAAAGCGCGCGUUCUUAUUGUCGGCAGUGGAGGCGUUGGUACGCUGGCUGCUUACGCUCUCGAGACUGGCGGCAAGGCCACCGUCACUUCAGUCUUCCGUUCCAAUUACGAUGCUGUAGUCAAGAACGGCAUCACGAUUGACUCGAUUCAACAUGGCCAUGAUAUCAAGGGCUGGAGGCCUUCAGAGGUUCGAAAUUCUGUGCCAGACGUGGAGAAGGAGGGUCUUGAACCAUUUGACUUCAUUCUUGUCACGAUGAAGCAUAUCGCAGAAGUUCCGCCGUCAGUCUCGGAUGUCAUUCGACCAGCCGUGACAAAGGGAAGGACCGCGAUUGUGCUUUCUCAGAAUGGCCUCAAUAUUGAAAGACAGGUCGUCGCCACGUUCCCCACCAACCCAAUCAUCAGUAGCGUCUCUACAAUUGGUGCGACCGAAAGGUCCCAUGGCAAUAUCUUCCACGACGAUGCAGACUCACAAAAAGUCGGAGCCUUUACCAACCCUGGAGUGCCGUUUGAAGUUGCCGAUGAAGCUGCGCGGCGGUACAUCGACGUAUACCGUGGGUCUGGCAAAGUCGAGGUCAUUUACGAGCCAGACGUCCUAAAAGCACGAUGGCGCAAGCUGGUGUACAAUGCGAGCUUCAACUCGGUUGCCACCAUCUUACAGACAGAUGUUUCGCGUCUGCGAAUGACGCGGCACGCAAUCGACGAUCUCGUUAAGCCAAUCAUGUACGAGAUCAUUGCAGGCGCAAAGGCGUAUGGAGUAGACCUCCCGUCUGACCUCCCUGAUCAGGUUAUUUUGCAAGACGAGAUUGAUUGGUACUUCAAACCCAGCAUGUGCCAGGACAUUCUCAAAGGCAAUCUCAUAGAGAGCGAGGUCAUUGUAGGGGAGCCACUUCGUGAUGCCGAGGCAAAAGGAGUUGCUAUGCCUACAUUGAAAGUUGUGUACGGGUUGUUAAAGGUAUUGCAAAAGCAGACACUAGAGAAGAAGGGCCUGUGGGAACCAAAAUUUGAGGAAGACAACCCGUACAAGGGCUAA